AUUGAUUAAAAUUUGCUGUAGUAGUCGGCGUACGCCAUUUUGACUUAAGUGAAAAAUAUUAAAGAAAGUUGCAAAAUAAUCUAAAUCUGUGAUCAUCCGUCCUUAUUUAAUAUAAUACGGAUUAAUUUCCUCUUAUUUACCUUAUACCCAUUUGGACGGACCAAGACAUAAGGUUCGUUCGCUGGGUCCUGCAGAUCUAAAUGGUUGCGUGCAGACAGCAUGUCUACUUUGCCAGGCCUGGCCUCCAAAGGGGAGAAAGGAAAAUCGAAGUUUCAGUCGUUGGAUAUCAAUCAUUUAUAUAAAGUUUAUACAGGAGAAUCUUUAGAAACACAGCAACAAAAAAAUACAAUCCCUCGUAAACAUGGCAUGCAAAGUUUGGGUAAAGUUCCCACAGCUCGUAGACCUCCAGCAAACCUUCCUUCCAUAAAAUCAGAACAUACCGGUAGUGACGCAGCCGUUUCUCUAGUACCUUCGGGUGGAGUAGGAUGGGGAAAACAGGACCAAAAUUCUCCCUCGACGAACGUUCCAUCAGUUCCAACUGCAACUGUGACAACUUCACCUCCCCUCGUGCAACAAAAUGCACCACCUGUAAACGCAUUACCAGUAACAAACUCAGUUCCCUCUUCAAACAAGACGCACAUCACCCCUUCUGCAACACCUGUCACAUCCGACAAAUCAUGGAGUUCAGUUAUGAGCGGCGCCGACCUUCUACAACCACCACCCUAUCAGAGCCCACAGUUUCAGCACGAAUUCCCCAGCCUGUCCGCUGGCGAUGGCGCCCUUCCACGUACUGGCGUCGACACACAGUAUGGCCCGGGCCCAAGCCUGCGGCCGCAAACGGAAGGUUCCUGGAUACAGGGUGGUUCGCGACCAGGCAUCGAACCUCCACCAAGAAGCAACUCGGCACCGCUCGGUCCCCCACCACAGCUUUCGGUCCCGGUCGGCCAGAACCAACCUCCACAGCAGCCGUUACCUCCACAAUUUCGGGGACUCAUUCCUCCUUUUAUGUUCAGAGGUAAUAACUUCCCAGCAAAUGGACAUGGUGGUUCAAAUUUUUCAAAUGCCCCUGGAACGGCGGCAAGCAAUGGUCGUAAUCGUAUGACAGACAAUCGUGGAGCAGCACGCACAAACGAAGGUGACGAAGUCUGUCAUAGACCAAUUAUAAAAGAAGAAGAUUUAAAUAGAAUGGAUGACAUGAUACGAGAUGUGGGUUGGGCAUCCCACGAUGAUAUUGAUUAUAAUCAAACAUUAGCAUUUAGCGAUGACGAACAAGACACGGACAAAAUUCACAAACAGCCUACACACAAAGAACAUGAUAAGACUGAAAGCAGUGUUCAAGAACCAAAUGUGAAGAAUUGGAGUGCGCCGAAAAACCAACCAGCGACCAGCGCUCCACCGCAACAACAACAAAAUCGUAAUCGCUCCAGUGAGGAAGAAGAGGUGUGGGUCCAACGCCGGCGGCAACAAUCUGAAGAAGUGGCCAUAGUCAUUGAACGUGCAAAGCAAAGAAAAGAAGAAGAAGAAAAACGAUUCUUGGAAAUAAAGCAAGCGGCCGCUAAAAAACUACAGCAACUAGACGAAAAAAGCAAAAAUAAGCAUGAUAAAGAAGUUGACGAUACACAGGGCACAAUUAGUCCGUCGGUUGUACCUCCACAGCCCAUUAACCCAGUGCCUAUUCCUGUCCCGGACUGGGAGAAAGAAAAGGAACAACCCCGUACCCCCGUCGAAAAUAAUAAACAAUUUCGCGAAAAUACAGAAUUUCGUAAACUCACCCAAAUUGAGGGCCGUAACUUUGUCAGAAAGGAAACGCGCAGCAGUGAUCCCCGAGAUGCUCCGAGCUUCUCGAAGCAAUUUCAAUCGAAUUUACCUCCGAGAUUCCAAAGGCAACAACAGAUGAGAAAUAACGUCAGUCCGAGUCCUCAGCCGGUUCAGUCCGCUUUUAUGGACCAGUACGAAAUGCCGUGGCAAAAUCAAUUUAAUAAACCGCGUAAAUCGAGAGAGGACGACGAUAAGGAGGAGGAUGAUCGUCGAGACACACGGAAGAUGUCGAACGAGGAUAGUUAUCGUUUUCGUUCCUUUAACGACGCCUCCCACAAAAUUGACGAGGAGCGUGAAUUUGACUACAGGAAAGAAGUUCCGAAACAAGAUGAUCACAGCAUUAGUCGACAAAGUAGCGAGGACAAUCGAUUUGAGAGACCCCAGCGGCCGGAUAGUAGAGAUUCGCGGGCCUCCAGAGAAUCGCGACAUUCUCGUGAAUCCGAACCGCGCGAUUUUCACGGUUCUUGGGCGGAUACCCCUUUCGAACCGGUGUUCGAUGACAGACGUAAGGAACAAUUCCGGGAUGAUCGCCGUGCGGUUCCCGGACCGAUAACCAAGGAAAGAAUCGAGGCGGCGGAAGAUUUAAAACCCGAAAAGAAAAAUUUGACACAGUUAAAAAGAGGCUACGCGCAACAAGAGAAACGGAUUGUGGAAUGCAAGAAAGAGAAAGUUAUUGAGAAGGAUGACGAUUGGGAGGAGGUCAAGGUUAAUGAAUCUGCUAAAAAAGGCGAAAGUGUUGUAAAUAGUGUUUGGGCCGAACCCACUCCUAACUCCUCCGAAGUUCUGAAGGAGAUUGCUGAUGAAAAAUCGGAAGUAAAGAAAGAAGAAGAGAAUGUUGAAGAUUUGACUCAGAAAAUGGAUAAUGAAAAGGAUGACAAGAGAAACGUCAAUCCUAAUCAACGCCGUGGAGACUUACGACAUCAUCAACCGUGGGCCAGUAGCAGUUGUGUUUAUCACAGAAGCACUUGGUCGAAGAAAAGCGAUUCGCGUAGGGGGUCCCGAAAUGGAGCACCCAAACGCAUUCCCUCUAAUAAACCUGGUGGUGAAUGGCACGGAACCGAUUCGGAUGUAUCUGUGGAAGACGUAUCAGUUUCGACAGAGAGCGGGAAGGAUGAUCGUUCUCGAUCGUCAUUCAAAAAAGGCGAUAAAGAGGAGAAGAAUAAGGAAAUGAAGCAAGAGAAAGUAUUAAAUUCAGAUCGCAAAUACGACUUUAAUCGGCGUGACAAUUAUGUCCCUCGUGGAGAACCGUCGAAGCAUGGUCGUGGUGGGGGCAAUUUUCGCAGUCGUGGCGGGUUAGGUAAACGAAUCGAUGGGUAUGGCCCACCUCCCUCUAAAAGCCCAUUCAGUCAAGUAGAUGAUAAGGAAAAGAAGAUAAAUAAUGAAGAUGGUGCUAUUAGUAACACCAGUUCAGACGAAAAGACCAAGCAGAAUCGCUCUCAAUCUCCAAUGGGCACUGUCCCAUUCAAAGAUAAGAAGCUCGACGAUAUGAAAUCCAAAUCUACAAAGAAACCCAAAAGUGACGACAAUUCUAAUGAUAACUGUGAUACCUCUGAUAAUUCGGAAGAUGGUCAAAAAUCUAGAAAAUUCGGUGUCAAAUCGGCACCACCGAUGCGGUCAUCUGCCGCGAAUCUAAAUCGUCGCACCAAUCACGCACCCAGAUUUGCAAACGACAAACGUCCAACUUACAAUACAAGUAGACAAAACAUAAGUGGACCGCCCAAGUACGGCGUGAAGAAGGAAAAAGACGAGAAGUCCGAAUCUGUCAAGACCGAAGCGAUUGAAGAUGAUUGCCCCGACGAGGACGGUCCUAUGAUCUCCGAUUCUGACGGUUUUCAAGAGGUGAAAAAUAAGAAAACCGUCCAGCGGCAGAAACCUUUCGAGGAAAAGUCAAACGUCCGACCGACCGUCAAAAAUGAGCGCGAUAAUAAAUUGCCCGAUAGGAAAAAACCACCGACGCCGCAUUUAACCGCCCAACAAAUCGCCAACAUACCUUCGUUGAUGGAUACGCCCAUUAAUCCUCCCGUUAUCGUGCCACAGACUACCAAUAAAAAUAUGUUCGAUCGUAAGUUACCGCCGCGCUUCGCAAAACAGCGCGAGAAUCGAAUGCAGAAGGUGCACAUGCAGCAAGGCGUGUGCGACGUUAACGAAAUGAAUAAGGUUAAUCACAACAUUAAUGUGUACGGAAUAAAGGACGGCCAGUGUAUGUCAUCCGGACGUAUGUCAAACGCUUGGGAGAAACCUUUAAGUACACACCUACGUACUGAUCAGGAGGGAAUGCUGACGGUCGGCAUGGACUCUUCUAAGGCUAUUGAACCUUUGACGGCUUCAAGUCAAAGUACCAGUCCAAAUAUUGACAAGGUGAUGAAAUCAACACAUGUAAGUGAAAAAACCGUUUUGGACGGAACGACACCUCCUGUUAACACAAUCAUAUUUGAGAAUACAAACUUCAAAUCGGCACCGGGUGCUCGAUCAGGGCGUACUGAUAAAUCUUGUCCCAAAUUAGACGAUGCAGGAAUCGAACAGGCGGUGAUUUCCACUUUUAAUAAACCCAUGCGAGAUUUAUUAAACAAAAAUGAGAAACCAUCGGAUUCCAUGCAAAUGCAACUAAGUUUCGGGAAAGAAGAUAGCGCCGAUAUGAAAUUAGAUUUUUUUGAGUCGGAAUUGUCGCAUUUGACCGAAGACAAGAAUGGUAAAAACAUGGGACUACCAAGGUCGAUGCACAUGACUAGUGCUAACAAUACGAUAUCUGCCUCGACUGCAGAUGCCUUGAAUUUUAAGAUUGCGUCGGUCAAAAAAGUAUGGGAGACUACGCCGACAGUUAUUGAACAUUCAGUUGGGCAAGAUGAUUCAAAUUCGUCGUUCUCAACUUCGUUCGGACCGGAUCCGAAUUCCUUAGAUCCUUCGGGCUUUGGCAAGAGCGGAGAUGGUACAGAUGAUGGCCAUGAAGUGUACAACUCAUCGUCAAACCAACCCACUACUAAUAAUACUACAAACGUGUGCAAGGUGAAGCCUACUCAGCAGGUAACAGGAACUAGUGGCCAACAACCGGUCCAUUCUGCAAGUUCUCAUCAGCAACACUCUGCUAUUGGUCCAAGCAUUGUGGGACACACUUUGUCUCCUCCACCUAUGCAGGCUGUGCUGGGUGCAGGUGUAGGAUUAGGUCAACCCCCUCAACCCUAUACCUCAAAUCAACACCUCGGCUAUCAGCCCAACCUCGGAGGCAGUACCCAGUAUGGAAUGUCUGCAAUUCCGUCACCGCCAACCGUCCUAUUCAAUUCUACCCAACAAAUUCAAGCCGCUCCCACAGGACUGUAUGGCACUUUCCAAAUUGAUCAGUCUCAAGUAUUAGGUGGUCAGGGGCGAUCGCAAUAUUCGCCGUACCCAAAUCCCUACAACCUCAGCCAGACGGCAUCGAGUCCUUACUCAGCCCAAUCGAUGUAUUUACAAGGCGCCCAACCUCACCCCUCGGCCGCCCAGGCUCCCCCAGAUAUUUAUCAAAAUUUAAAUAACUACAGAUUACCCGCCUCGGGACAUUUCGGUCAGAGUCAACAGAUGAAUAAUCCGACAACUGUUCUCAUAUCGUCCACUUCAAACACGCUAAUGUCGGCCACCGUUAAACCUAGUACACAACAAAUUAGCGCAAUUGGUACAAAAGCAAGCGGAGGUGGUCAAGCAUAUCAGCAAUCGCAGCAAGGCCAGCAACUGUACAUGACGUACGAUGCGCCAAUUCAAGCCAAUUAUCUGCAAAGUGCGGGUGUUAUUCAAAGGGGACCUACCGCUCCUAUUCAAAAUAACGUAGUGCCCACGAUUCAACCCUCGUCUUCAUUUUAUACCGGAUCAACAGGUGGCCAAACUGGUUACUACCAACAACCUGGAAGUUCCACGCUUCAAUCGGCCCCCUUACAACAGCAUCAAGCCGGGUAUGGUUUGCAAGGAAACGUCUUCGGUAAUCCAAACCAAUCGCAUACCAGCGCCAGUUUACAGAACUACAGUUCUCAUUUUCUUUCGUCACCAAUACAGUUAGCCGCGGCGGCCGCCCUAAACGCUCAGCAGUAUCGAUCUACGGGCCUUCAGAAUUCGGCGUACGUGAAAAGCGUCAAUAAUCACAUGGAGCAGAAUUCUCGACCACAACAAAUUAAAAGUCCCGGAAGCCAACAGGAUGUUCUUUCCUCUGUAUUUAAUUCUGGUGCACAAAUCCCUUCUCCCAAAUCGCGCCAGAAUAUCAAGCAACCCGCACCACAGGCCAGUCCCACAACCCAGCAUAAAUAUUUAUAUCAAGCUGUUGGAAAUCCACCUCCUUCACAGACUCAGAGAUACCCGUCACCAAUUCAGAGACCGGUAAAUUUCCACACUGCCGUGGGUGGAAUGCCCAAUAAUGGUGGUUCGUCCAACAACCCCAAGCAUCGCACUGCAAACCAAAAUAAUAAAUUAGCCGCACGACAUUAUUAUGGAGGUCAAGGUGGUAACCUUGCAACGUCUCAAUCUGACAAAGGAGACGACUCAAAAUUGGGAGAUAACGCAACUUCGUCGACAAAUUCGGUUAACAACACUUCGAGUCUCGCAAGUAAAGCUGUGAACAGCAAUACCGCUACGACAGUUCCAACAGAUCUGUCGAAAGAAGUACCGAAAGAUGACGCAAACGUUAUUAAGGAUUAAAAAUUUGUGUAUAAGUACUAAAAAUUAGUCUUUAUAUUGUAUUUUUUAAUUUAUUUCAAAGGUGCACUGAGCUUUUGGUUGUGUGGUAAAAACUCGGAUUUGUUAGAAACUUUUAAAUGUGUAUUGUUCGCAUAGCGAUCUUUAAAAAUGUAUUCUUGUGUGACUGAUCUUGCUCAUGUCAUGUAUUUAUCCAAAUUUUCCAUUUCUGUUGCAAGCUACUAUAAAUGCUGUUGUAUUUGGGAUUGACGAUGAUAAUCCCAGUCGCAAUCUAGAAAUGGUUAGAUAUGUAUAGAUUAGUGCGUGUCUAAUGAGUGCUAGUAAGGUGGAUCUCCAGUGUGUGUUUAAGGAACUUAUUAGCACAACUUUUGGUGGAUGUUUAUUAAUUUAUAAGCCCUUUCGAGUGGGCCAUAUUAUGUACUACUGAUAAUAGAGUUCUCGCAACUAAUUCAUGUACUUGUAAUAUUGUGUGGACUCGUUUCUUGUUAGCUACUGUAGUAGUUAGUAAACUAUAGGCAGCCUGGAUUGUAUCACUUAUUGUUAUCAAAAGUGAAUUGAGUCAACAAACUUUAUUCUAGUGUUCAAACUACAGACUUCUGCUUUAGUUAAAUCUUAGUGUAAUCUUUUAGAUUCAACUGUUGACUCUUGCAUUAAAAAUAAAUGGUGAAAGUGCGCGAAAUUAAAACAUGACUUUCAAGUUCGUUCUUCUUUUAUAAAUUAGUUUGUUGUUUACUGA